AUGGGUGAUUCAGUGGUCAUUGACAAUGGUUUACAGCUAGCAGUGAUCGACUCAAAUUCGCCUUCCAAUUUUGAAGUCAUCUAUGAGAGCGAAACCAUGAGAAUGGUAUUGAGUUUGCGAUGUGUUGAGGAACCUGAUGAUCAUCUUGCCACAUUGUUAUCUUCUCCACGCAAAUUGAUAUCCCACGGUGCUUCCCAGAUAACUCAAAAGGGUUUUGCUUUCCUCAAUAAUGCCGUUAGCACUGCAAAAGAUAUUGGUGCCAACUCUGAUGUGCCUUAUAUACUGGAAGACGCAUGGAACAAAAUGAAUAUCAAGGAUGAUCUGGGUAGUCUCUUGCAAAAUGUGGUAGAUAUAGUCGAUCAAGCGGAUGAUGGAACUUUUUUCACACAACGCGAUGAGGUCAGGCCUAGUACUGUUUCUCGUCUGCCGGAUCAUGCUUAUGGUAAGUUUUAUUGCUGCUACUUGAAGGUAUGUUCUCGAAGUGACGUUGAAUCUCUUCCAGAAGCCAUCGAAGAGCCAGUGGCUAUCAAUGUUGUGCGUAAGGAAAAAGGAGUUCGUCGUAAAAGACUUUCUCAUUCCGAAUCUCACGAAAUCAGUGAUAGCCACUAUGACGACACAAUCUCCAUCGAUGAGAACACCCUUCUAGCUUUACGAAGGCAAGUUCUGGGGGACGCAUUUGUGAGCGAUAGCCCAUGCAUGUCUGGAGUUAGCAUCAACUCUACGCCUACAUGGAGUUCAAGGGAUAGCCCAAAAAGCAAUGACCAUCAUAUGCAGUCCGAGGAACAGAACGUCAUGGGUGUCAGCUCAUCACCAAAAGAUGAACCUUCUGCAGUUAUGGGAACACCCAGUCCUGAGCAUGAUCAAACUGAACAAAACUCACGUGAUGAUGGUCUUACACAGACUGAUGAAGGUCCUAGAGGAGAGUGCGAACAGUCAGAAAAUGUAGUUGACAGCCCAAAAGAGUCAGUACAAGGAGCAGAGUCGGUAACGGUUGCAUAUGAGUAUCUUUUGCAGCAGAACUCUCCACAGACAUCUUCCACAAAAUACGAGGUGGCUGCAAAUAAUGUGGACGCCCCUUGCAAGAUAAGGAGCAGAGUUAGUGGCGAAAGAUCACGUCGUAAUUUAGUGCUGAACGAUCGUGUUGAUAUAUGGACAAAAGUUGAUGCUGAGUCAAUCAUUUGGAUGGUUCGUCGGAAUGUCGGAUUUUGUGCUACUGAAACGCUAUCUACUACAACUCGAUUUGAUGAAUGUGCAGUGGAUGGUGGGGGAGUGACCGAGGUGUCCGUCGGCAACAAUUCGGCUUGGUACAUAACGAAGGAAGGGGUGUCGUUACAAAUGGAACUUCCUGAAAAGGCUAUCUUUUCAAAAGUUGACCGAGAUUGGCCACUAGUAUCUAUUUCUGCGUCUGAACAGGCUGUUUGGGCAAUACGUGCUGAUACCGGUGGACUAGUUGUUCGAGUGGGGUUACAUCGGUGCAAGAUGGGUCUGGAUUGGGUGGAAAUAGUACCGGAAGGGACCAUCCCGCUUAGUGUCAGUUUGCGUAUUUGGUACCAAUGGAUUUGUUUUGGAUAG